ACUAUAAUCAAAACCAUUUUCAUUUUUGCAGUUCGAAUGUCUAAUAUAUUUUAUGAUUAUUUAAAUUUAUUCUAAUUCAAAAGUGGUGUGUGACUAAGUCGAGAGUUAAAGACAAUAAUUAAAGAAGAUGAAACUAUACAUGAUGAAUUUAGUCUCAUUAACGCUAGUAUUUUCACAAAUUGUGAUAAUAUUAUCUGUGAGUCACAGAAAUGACGAUUACCAACCAGAAACACAUCGUGAUAACAACAAUAACGAACAUGGUCAUUCAUACCCUAACCCAUAUGGAACUCAUCAUCGUGACCAUCAUCGAGAGAAUGACAGAAGACAUGAAACUCAACCACGACAUUAUGAUCGUUAUGAUCACCAUGAUCAUCAUUAUCAUCAUAAUCCACAAAACAUACCACAUCAUUCGGAAAAACCAGAUCAUCAAGAAAAUCAUGAACAUAAACGAAUGACUGAUGAACAUCCACAUGUAUUGGAUGCUCACUUACACCAACCAGACGAUCGACCAUUGAAUGUAGAUUAUGCGUCAAAACCGAAAGAAUAUUACCUUCAUCAGUCAAUGAAAUCUGCUUCACCUCAAACAGUAGUUCCAGCUAGUCAUGUUGAUACUAAACACAGUCAUGAAACUCCAGUUCAAUCAGAAGAAAAACCUAGUGACAAGGUGAAACCAAAUCGAUCAGAUGAGCGCAAAGAUGAAGAAGUUGAUAGAAAACAAAUUCCUGAUAAAAAAGAUGCAACUGAAAAAGAUUAUUAUCAAGAGCAUUCUCAUCAACAUCGUUAUCAGCAUCCAAAUUACGAAGUCAGUAAAACAAAAAUAGCUGAAAAUAAAUCAAUCGAACAGAAUGACGAUCAACCUCAUAACAAAUUACCUGAACACAAUCACAAUAAUGAACAUAAAUCAAAGCCACCUACUGAAUUGACUGAAGAAAAUAGUAAGAAAACAGAAGCAGAUUUAACAAAUAUUGAGAAAAAGAGUGAAACUGAAAAUCCAACUCAUAAGGUACAAUCUAUUGAAUCAUCUUAUUAUUUAUAUAGAAAAGAAGAAACACAAUCACCAAAAUCAAUAUCACAGACAAAACAACCAAAUAGACCGAAUCAUGAAGAAACUGUAGAAUUUAAACAAUCAACUCAUACAUCAUAUAACUCAUAUAACUCAUAUCAACCAUAUAAACAUAAUGAACAUGAAAAAUCAAUAAAAGAUUCAGAUGAAUAUCCACAAAAAUCAAACAGACAGUCUUCUUGGUUAAAUGAAUCAAAUACUAUUGAUAAUAAAAAUAAUAAGGAAAAUACCGAUAAUGAUAAUAAUAAUAAUUUGAAUCAUUAUACCAAAACUCAAGAACAUAAAACUGAAAACAAAAACAAUGAGCCAGCUUCACAUAGUCCAUCAACUUCUACUAAAAGUCUUACAUCAGUAUCAUUUGUUUCAGGAGCAUAUAAAUAUCCUUCACCAAGAUCAAAUGAAGAUAAAGUGUCAUCCAAGAGUACAACUAACAAUGCUGUACCUUUGGAUGUACUUAAAGCUGAAAUACAAAAAGAAAUACGUAAAGAUUUACAGAGUUUAGUUGAUAAAAUUCAAACAGCUAAAUAUGAAAAAUCUAAUCAGCCUAAUUCACCUACUUCAAGCAAACCCUCAUCAGCACCAGUAGACGAGUCGCCUUCUUCACAUGUUGAAAAGCAUGAAAAUCACCGUCGAGAUUAUGGAUCUAAGCAUGAAGAAAUUAGGCGUAGAUCUCAUGAUGAAGAUGAUGAAAGAGAACCGCGACAUGAUAAACCUUAUCGUGAAUAUGAUUAUCAUCAUGAUAGGCGUGAUGACGAACAUAAGCCUCAUGAGCCGGAAGAACGCAAACCUUGGUCAGAUAAAUAUGAACCUCGACCUCCGACAAGAGAUAGAGACAUGCCACCACCUCAUCAUCAUUAUCAUCAUCAUCGUCAUCAACACAAUCCUCCUCCUCAUUUAUCGCAUCGUCCAUUCGCAUCAGAGCAUGAAAAUGAAGCAAAAAGUUCCCCACCAAGACAUCCAUUUCCCAAACAACAGCACACAUAUCCUCCACCUCAUGAAUCACCUAAACAAAAUCAAGACAACCCCUAUGAACCUCGAUUUAAUAAUAAAGAAGAGCAUUUGACUCAUCAUGAUCAUAGAGAAGAUGAUUAUCAAACUCCAUAUCAGUCAAGAUCACCACCAGUAAAACCAAAAAGUAUUAUUCAAGCUGUAUCAGCCACUGUCAAACCAACUCAUCCAUUAUAUGAAUAUGGAGCUACAACUAAAAUCCUGGAUUCUGUAUCUAUUCCCCUUACCGUCAAUGUUGAUGGCUCACCGUCUAACGAUUGUCCAUUCACGCCAUGCAAGAAAGUAUGUCCAGAUGGUUUGUAUAAACUUAAUGAAACUACAGGUUGUGCAACUUGCAAUUGCUGUUCUAUGGUUACUUGUCAUAAUAAUUGCGCUCAAGGCUAUGAAGCAGAUAAGAAUGGAUGCCCUACAUGCAAAUGUUUAACAUCUUAUUAUUGAAUAAUUCAAUAUUUUAUAUUAUAAACUGUUUAAGAAAUAAUUUAACAGAUACUCCAUUAUCAUUAUUAUUAUAUACUAUGUCUGUAAUUUUUUGUGUUGCUACUUAUUAGUAGUACAGAAUUUUUGAAUCAAAUUGAAUAAAAUAUGAUUUCAGUUGAGUGAAUUCUCAAUGCACCACAUUAACA